AUCAACCACAACACACCCUCCAAACACUUCAUCGCAACCCCCCUUUCCGCAUACCAGCUGGGAACUAGUACCGACGAGCCAUCAUCAUCUUCGACGGGACCGGCCCAACCGCUACAGGCUCGAACAGGGACACAUCGACAUCGACUUGCGAGACGUGAUGGCGGAGAACCCGCAAGAGCGUGAGCAGGCGCUGAAGGACUACAAGACGAAGCUGUUAGAGUCGCGAGAAUGGGAGGCGAAGCUCAAAGCACUGCGAUUAGACAUCAAAGGCUUACAACAUGACUUUGACGUAUCGGAAGACAACAUCAAGGCGUUGCAGAGUGUCGGCCAGAUCAUCGGCGAGGUGCUGAAGCAGCUGGACGAGGAGCGAUUCAUCGUCAAAGCCUCCUCCGGCCCCCGCUACGUCGUUGGCUGCCGAAGUAAAGUCGACAAACUGAAGCUGAAGCAAGGCACCCGCGUCGCCCUCGACAUGACCACCCUAACCAUCAUGCGGAUGCUGCCCCGCGAAGUCGAUCCGCUCGUGUACAACAUGUCGUUAGAAGAUCCCGGACAAGUCUCAUUUGCGGGCAUAGGCGGGCUGAACGAGCAGAUACGAGAGUUGAGAGAGGUCAUCGAACUGCCGCUCAAGAAUCCAGAACUCUUCCUGCGAGUGGGUAUCAAGCCGCCAAAAGGGGUGCUGCUGUACGGACCACCAGGCACCGGCAAGACUCUGCUUGCGAGAGCGGUGGCGAGUAGUCUCGAGACGAACUUCCUGAAAGUCGUCUCCUCCGCAAUAGUAGACAAAUACAUCGGCGAAUCCGCGCGCCUCAUCCGCGAGAUGUUCGGCUAUGCCCGCGAGCACGAGCCCUGCAUCAUCUUCAUGGACGAAAUCGACGCCAUCGGCGGCCGGCGGUUCAGCGAAGGCACCUCCGCCGACCGCGAGAUCCAACGCACGCUCAUGGAACUCCUCAACCAACUCGACGGCUUCGAUUACCUCGGCAAAACCAAAAUCAUCAUGGCGACCAAUCGUCCGGAUACCCUUGACCCUGCUUUGCUGCGGGCGGGGAGGUUGGAUCGCAAGAUCGAGAUCCCGCUUCCGAAUGAGGCCGGACGGUUGGAGGUGUUGAAGAUUCAUGCCAUGGGGGUGCAGAAGGAGGGGGAGAUUGAUUUCGAGAGUGUGGUCAAGAUGAGCGAUGGGCUGAAUGGGGCGGAUUUGAGGAAUGUGGUCACCGAGGCGGGGCUGUUUGCCAUUAAGGAUUACCGGGAUGCGAUCAAUCAGGAUGAUUUCAACAAGGCGGUGCGGAAGGUGGCGGAGAGUAAGAAGUUGGAGGGGAAGCUUGAAUAUCAGAAGUUGUAAGCAGGAC